AGUGAAUCGCGGUCACAAGUACCCGGAACUUCUAGGCUUAAGUACGACCUCGGGGUGUGACCUCAUACUAACCACCGAACCCCGUAACUCGCUCUGACUCACUAAAAAAAGAAUGCGACAAAAUUUACAGAAAUGAGCGGGAAAAUCGUCCAACAGUCAUAGAAGAUUUAAACUUUAUAUAAGACAAAUAAAUUUUUCAAGAAAUUUUGAAAAGUUCUGAUUUUUCAAUAUUCAAUAACUUAAUACCAACAACUACUCUUUUUGUUUAUAGACUUAUAGCUUGUGCUAGUCAAAUCCUUUUGCCCCCUUAUUCACAUUAAAUCAUAGAGAACAAAGACAUAAAAGAUUCAGAUAAGAAAAUGUGUGGUAUCUUUGCAGCUUAUAGACAACCAGAGGUUGAACAAUUUAAAUCAAAAGCAUUACAAUAUUCGAAAAGAAUCAGACAUAGAGGUCCAGAUUGGUCUGGUAACGUUACCCAAAACUCCACCAUCUUAUGUCAUGAAAGAUUAGCCAUUGUUGGUUUAGAUUCAGGUGCUCAACCAAUCACUUCUCCAGAUGAAAACUACACUUUAGCCGUUAACGGUGAAAUCUAUAACCAUAUUCAUUUAAGAGAUCAAUUCAAAUCUUAUGGUUUUAAAUCAUUGAGUGAUUGUGAACCUAUCAUCCCAUUAGUUGAAAAAUAUGGUAUUGAUGCUCCAAAAUAUUUAGAUGGUAUGUUUGCUUGGGUAUGUUAUGAUGCUAAAGCUGAUAGAAUCAUUGCUGCUAGAGAUCCAAUCGGUAUCACCACUUUAUAUUACGGUAAAUCAUCCAAAUCUCCUAAAACCAGAUAUUUCGCUUCUGAAUUGAAAUGUUUAAUCGAUGAAUGUGAUGAAAUUAUUGCUUUCCCUCCAGGUCAUGUUUAUGAUUCAAACACUGAUGAAAUCACAAGAUAUUUCGAUCCAACUUGGUGGGAUGCUUCCAAGAUUCCUCAAAAGAGAGUCGAUUAUAAAGAAGUAAGAGAAACCUUGGAAUUAGCUGUCAGAAAGAGAUUAAUGGCAGAAGUCCCAUACGGUGUUUUAUUAUCAGGUGGUUUAGAUUCUUCAUUAAUUGCUGCUAUUGCUGCUAGAGAAACCAAAAAAGCCGCUGCUUCUAUUACUUCAGAAGGUAUUGAUGCUAAUAAAGAAUUAUCCGGUGUUGAUGAUAAAGGUUCUUUACAUGCCAGUGGUUGGAACAGAUUACAUUCAUUUGCUGUUGGUUUACCAGGUGCUCCAGAUUUAAUUGCUGCUGAAAAAGUUGCUCAUUUCAUUGGUACUAUUCAUCAUUCUCAUACUUUCACUAUUGAAGAAGGUAUUGAUGCUUUAGAUGAUGUUAUUUAUCAUUUAGAAACUUAUGAUGUCACUACCAUUAGAGCUUCAACUCCAAUGUAUUUAUUAUCCAGAAAAAUUAAAGCUCAAGGGGUUAAAAUGGUUUUAUCAGGUGAAGGUUCUGAUGAAAUCUUUGGUGGUUAUUUAUAUUUUGCUAAUGCACCAAGUUCAAAAGAAUUCCAUCAAGAAUGUGUUCAAAGAGUUAAAAACUUACAUUAUGCUGAUUGUCUUAGAGCUAAUAAAUCAACUAUGGCUUGGGGUUUAGAAGCUAGAGUUCCAUUCUUAGAUAAACAAUUCUUAGAAGUUUGUAUGAACAUUAAUGCUGAAGAUAAAUUAAUUGAUCAAAAGGCCGGUAAGAUUGAAAAAUACAUUUUAAGAAAAGCUUUUGAUACCAGUGAUGAUCCAACUGCUGAACCAUAUUUACCAUCUGAAAUCUUGUGGAGACAAAAGGAACAAUUCUCUGAUGGUGUUGGUUAUUCAUGGAUUGAUGGAUUAAAAGAUUAUGCUGAACAAGCCAUUAGUGAUGAACAAUUUGCUAAUCCAAAACCAGAAUGGGGAUCUGAUAUUCCAACUACCAAAGAAGCUUAUUGGUAUAGAUUAAAAUUCGAUUCUGUUUUUGAAAACUCUAAAAUCGCUGCUACAACCGUUAUGAGAUGGAUUCCAAAAGCCGAAUGGGGUUGUCAUGAAGAUCCUUCCGGUAGAUAUGCUGCUACUCAUGAUCAUAAAGUUGAUCAAGUUUAAACUAAACUAAACUUUAUUUAUUUAUAAUUAAUUUUAAUUUAUUUUGAAAUAAAAA